AUGACUAUUGUGCUUGGAUUUGAAGGCAGUGCCAACAAAAUUGGUGUUGGGAUUAUUCAAGAUGGAAAGGUUCUCAGCAACCCAAGAAGAACCUAUAUAACACCUCCAGGGCAAGGUUUCCUUCCUAGUGACACUGCUCGUCAUCAUCGCUCCUGUAUACUGGAAGUGCUACAUGAAGCUCUAGAGGAAGCACAGAUACAACCAAAGGAUAUAGACUGUGUGGCUUACACAAAAGGACCUGGAAUGGGAGCACCUUUGCUUUCGGUAGCAAUAGUGGCACGCACAGUAGCACAGCUCUGGAAUAAACCUCUGAUAGGAGUAAAUCAUUGCAUAGGCCAUAUUGAAAUGGGGCGACUGAUUACUGGUGCGGAAAACCCCACUGUUUUGUAUGUGAGUGGAGGCAACACACAGGGUUCAUUGCUUUUACCCCUGGCCCCGGGAAUCGGAUAUUUGGGUUUGAAACAAUAAAAAAUUUUUGCUGAAGGAAACUUUUUGGGGCCCCGGGAUUUGCUAGAGUCCAAAAAGGAUCUCAAUGAUCCCAGUCCUGGUUAUAAUAUUGAGCAAAUGGCCAAGAAGGGCAAAAUAUUUGUGGAGCUGCCAUACACUGUGAAAGGAAUGGACGUGUCUUUCUCUGGCAUUCUUUCUUACAUUGAGGACAUGGCUCACAAAAUGUUGUCUUUAGGAGAUUGUACCCCAGAGGACCUCUGUUUCUCUUUACAGGAGACUUUGUUUGCUAUGCUUGUGGAGAUCACAGAACGGGCUAUGGCUCAUUGCGGCUCACAAGAAGUACUAAUAGUUGGUGGAGUUGGAUGUAAUGUUCGCUUGCAGGAGAUGAUGGAAGUUAUGUGCAAGGAACGAGGUGCCAAAUUGUUUGCAACAGAUGAAAGAUUCUGCAUAGAUAAUGGUGCUAUGAUUGCCCAAGCUGGAUGGGAAAUGUUUCGCUCUGGUCACAUCACACUGCUGCAAGACUCCUGGAUAACUCAAAGGUUCAGAACAGAUGAGGUGGAGGUUACAUGGAGAGACUGA